GGGACUGUCUCCAUCAUGUCAUACUAUGAGCACAUCCUCUUUGACUAUGACUUAAAUGACACAGGCUCAGGUUCUGGAUCUGGUGAGGUAGGGGCGGAUCUGGAGGAGCCCUGUGAGGUGGAACAUGUGAUGACCACUGAGCUUCAGCAGGUCUUCUUGCCGGUGGUCUAUGCUCUCAUCUUCAUCCUGGGCAUCACUGGAAAUGGCCUGGUUGUCAUCGUGUUGGGCUGCCAGCGCAGGUCAAAGUGCAGCCUCACAGACCUUUAUCGCCUCCAUCUCUCAGCUGCUGAUCUCCUCUUUGUUCUGGCGCUGCCUUUCUGGGCCGUGGAUGCAGCCCUGUCUGACUGGCGCUUCGGGGCGGCCGCCUGCAUUGGUGUGCAUGUUAUUUACACAGUCAACCUGUACGGCAGCGUGCUGAUCCUGGCAUUCAUCAGCCUGGACCGCUACCUGGCAGUAGUCCGAGCCACAGAUACCAACACCGGUGGGCUGAGGCAGCUGCUGGCUCACAGAUUGGUGUAUGUAGGUGCCUGGUUGCCUGCUGGCCUGCUGGCAGUGCCCGACUUAAUAUUUGCCAGGACUCAGGAGGGAGGAGAGGGGGCCACCCUGUGCCAGCGAUUCUACCCAGCAGACAAUGCUCUUCUCUGGGUUGCAGUCUUUCACCUCCAGCUUGUCCUGGUGGGUCUGGUGAUCCCCGGCCUGGUCCUUCUGGUGUGUUACUGUGUCAUUGUCAACAGGCUGACCCGGGGCCCAUUAGGGGGCCAGAGGCAGAAGCGGCGAGCUGUCAGGACCACCAUCGCAUUGGUGCUCUGCUUCUUCGUGUGCUGGCUGCCCUACGGCGUGGGCAUCUCUGUGGACACUCUGCUGCGCCUGGAGGUCCUGCCCCGCAGCUGCAACCUGGAGGCUUUUCUAGAUGUGUGGCUGGCAGUGGCUGAGCCCAUGGCAUACGCACACUGCUGCCUUAACCCGCUGCUUUAUGCCUUCCUGGGGGCCGGGUUCAAGAGUUCGGCCCGCAGAGCCCUCACUCUGAGCCGGGCCUCAAGUUUGAAGAUAUUACCAAGAAGAAGAGCUGGGGCUUCCACGACCACAGAGUCCGAGUCCUCCAGUUUACACUCCAGCUAGUGUUGACGCGUGCUGUUGGGUGUGUGUGUACUGUAUAUACUGUAUGCAUGUGUGUUUGUGAGGAAGUUUACACAAAGUAUCUGAGAAAGUAAGGAGCAGUCUGCUGGACCAUGACUUGUCUUCUCCCUCGUUGUGGGGUUUU